AUUACGACAUUAGUACGACUACUUUGAGACUUGUAAACAUGUCAAACGCGGAAGUAAUCGAGCCCAACUUUGUCAAAAUUGUAGAUAAUCUGCCAGGUGCUGAAGGACCUGUGUUUGACAGACAUGGAGAGUUUUUUAUGGUUGCACCAGAAAGGGAAGAUGAAGAUAAAAAACCAGCUGGAGAUGUCUUGAAAAUAAAUUUAGAAAGCGGAAAGGUAGAUGUUGUAUGCUCGCCAAAGGAUGGAGACAAUGGUGGUAUACCUGCUGGAUGUCAGUGUGACCUUGAUAACAACAUCUGGAUUGCUGAUAUGAGACUUGGCAUUCUCAAGAUGGAAACAUCAGGAAAAUACCAGCAGAUGUUUAGACAAGACAGUUCAAAUCGUACAAUGCAAGGUUGUAAUGACUGCGCAUUUGAUUAUGAUGGUAAUUUAUGGGUGACGGCUCCAGCUGGAGAGAUAGCACCUGCAGAGUACAAACGAUCUUUUGAGGAAGGUUUUGGUUCUGUGUAUUGUCUUACCAAAGAUAAGAAGCUUGUGAGAAUAGAUGGUAAUUUAAGGUUUCCUAAUGGAAUAGCUGUCCUACAUACAGAUGAUGGUAGGCCCAGUAAAUUAAUUGUUGCCGAGACACCUACCAAGUUACUGUGGCAAUAUGAUAUUAAAGGUGCUGGGGAAGUUGGCGAGAGAUCAGUUUGGGGAAAACUUCCAGGGGAUCAUGAAGGAGGACCAGAUGGUAUGGACUUUGAUGAACACAACAAUCUUAUUGUAGCUAAUUGGGGUGGCAGCCAUCUUGAAGUGUUUUCCCCAGGUGGGGGAGACCCUGUUACCAGAAUCAAAUGCCCAUUCCGUAAUCCUAGUAAUGUUCAUUUUAAACCAGGUACCAGUACAGUGUUUGUGACUGAACACCAAUUUCAUGGGCUUUGGAAAUUUGAAUGGAAAAAUAAGGGCAAGAAACAAUACUGUGAAACCAAAUAAUGGAAAUACGAACAUACGUACAAGGCUUCAUAUUCUAGUCUAGGUUGUGAUUUUUCUGUGAUUAAAUUUAUAGAUAAUUUUUAAAGUGAUUUAUUAACAAAUUUUGUUACUUACAUAUUUAUAGUAUUUUCCUCAAAGGAAUGAAAUAAAACUUGUUUAUUUUUACUUAUAUACAUGUAAAAAGAGCUGGUCCUAGCACCUUAAACUAAUUUAAAAUGUUUAAUUACUAGAUUAUUUGAGCAGGGACAAACAUUUGGAUUGUUGCCGAUGCUUUUUUGAUAGCCUUUGCAAGUUUUGACUACAACAAAUCACCUCCAGUUAACAGUGUAAGAAUACAAGAAGCAAGAAUGAAAUUGGAAUGUAAUUAAAAAGUCCCAAUUUUGUUAAUUCAUCUUGUAUUAGAUAAAAAUAAAAAAUAGAUUUUAGUAACUGGUUAUAUCUGAAUAUGUGAAUAAAUUACUUAGUGCUAGGGUAUAUCAAAAUCUUUCUGGUAUUCAUGACAAAAUCUAUACACAAACCUUGUUUUUAGAGGUCAUUUGUCUUAGCAGUACAUGUACUCGUAUAUGGAAACACCUAUAUGUAACAAGUAAAUGCAAGUUAAGAUUGUUUUUGUUUUG